AUGAAAAUAUUCUUAUUAAUAUUAUUUGUUAUUAGUUCUGGACAGACAUUCUUAUAAGACUUUCAUAAUUGGGUUUAAGAAAAUUAAGACUUAUUGGAUGGAUUUGUAGAAGAAUCAAAAAACCCGAUUGAUGCUUUUUAGCUGUAAUCAGUUCAAUUAAAUGGAAAAUAAUUUAUUUCUUUAACAAACGGAUGGUUAAGUUAAGAAACUUUUGAUAGUAGUUAUACUAAGCAAUACUUUACAAUAAUUACAUCCAAAUUGGCUCUUUUGGCAGUGGAUGUUAGAGAAAAUAUUAAAUUUGUGAUUGAUAAAGAAUAAACUAAUCCUCAAGUUGUAAUGUUUGAAUAAGAGAAUUAUAGAGGAAUGAAUAUUAAAACGAAUAGUUAAAAUAGAUUAGUAAUAUAUCCAAGAGUAAAUGAAGUAGUAUCAUAAAAGUAACAGGAGAACGAUCAAUUAAUCGAAUUCUCAAACAUAGAAUAAGAGUAAUUUCUUAUAUAUAUUAUUUAUGGAACAGAAACAGAUCUUAGAGAUGCUUAGAAUUUAUUCAACUUCAUCACUGAAUUCAUUGAAUUGAUAGAAUCAAAAUAACCUCCUAAAUAUAAGUAAUGCAAACCUAAAAGUGCAAACAAAAAAAAAUCAACAAAAUCAGGAUCAAAAUAAUCUCAAAAAAAACCUUAAUAAAGUGGCAAAGCUGGAUAAUCAAGAGGAAGCUUAAAGGAUAAAGAUAGUAAUGAGAAAUUAAAAUAAUCUUCAUAAAAGGAUCAUUAACAAUAAAAAGGAGAUGAUUUUAAUAAGAAAAUUGAAGAUCUAGAUGAUUCUGGAUUAUAAUAGAAUGGAUCAGAAUUAAAUAAUAAUGAUUAAUUAAGAGAUUAGGAAAAAGGUAAAGGAAAGGGAGAUAAUGAAUCAGGAACAGGUGCGGAUAAUGAUGGAUUAGGAACAGAUGGAUAAAAUAGUAACAAGGCAGGAGACGGACUGAAUGAUAAUAAUGGUGAUGACAAUUAAUAAGGAACAUCUAAUGGGGGAAAUGGAAAAACAGAUGGAGCAAAUGAUGGUAAAGGAGAUGGUUCUGAUAAUGGUAAAGGGGAUAAUGGAAAUGGAGAUGGAUCAAAUGCAGGAAAUAAGAAUGGUACAGAUGGAGAUGGAAAAGGAGAUGGCUAAAGCGGAGAUGGAAAAGGAGAUGGCUAAGGUGGAGAUGGCUAAGGUGGAGAUGGUUCAAAUGGUGAAGGAGAUGGAUAAGGUGGAGAUGGUUCAAAUGGAAAAGGAGAUGGUAAUGGUGGAGAUGGAGAUAGCACAGGAGGAGAUGUUGAUGGCACAGGAGUAGAUGGAGAUGGCACAGGAAAAGAUGGAGAUGGAAUUAAUUCAAAUAAAGGAGAUGGUUCUGAUAAUGGAUCAGAUAAUUCAUAAGGUAAUGAUAAUGGAAAUGAUGAUGGAUCAUAGAAUAAUCAAAAUGAUAAUGAUGGCAGUAAUGGUAAUGCAGAUUAGAAUAAUAAUAACGAUUAGAAUUUACAGGAUGAUAAUGAUGAUAAAAACUCAAAGUGUGUUAAUUUGUAUUCUGAAUGUUAUUUCAGCGGAGAUAGCAUUGAGUUAUGUGGUAGUCAUGCCGAGAUAACAGAUAAGCUCUAGAAUUUUAAAAUUAAAUCAAUAGAAAUGGAUGAUGGCAUUGAAGUUUCCUUCUUUGGAGAGAGCCAUUUUGAAAAUCAGGUCAUAACCAUAACUGAUGAUGUAGAAUGUUUAGAUAUCCCAAUAAUAUUGAGUCCAACAGACAUUGAAGAAUUGAUUCAGAUUUUAAAAUGA